AUGGCCAACUGGUCACAACUGGCAAAAUGCACCGAGGGAGAAUGGGCUGCUGUUCAGAAAGUAUGCGAGCAGUUGCAAAUGCCCUGUGAACGAGUGAACUUUGAAAAAGAAUACUGGGCUGAUGUGUUUCAGCCUAUGAUAGAUAUGUAUGAGCAGGGACUCACGCCAAACCCGGACUUAGGGUGCAACAAGUUUAUCAAGUUCGGAAAGAUGAUAGAGCAUUUGGCUGCAAAGUAUGAUGGUACCGAGCUGAAGUGGUGGUUAGCCACCGGCCAUUAUGCCAGAGUUGAGAAGGCGUCGAACCAUUUCAAUCUUCAUAGAGCUUACGACGGAAACAAAGAUCAGUCUUACUACUUGGCCAGUAUACCGAGGUCUGUACUUCAUAGACUACUACUUCCCUUGGGUCACCACACAAAAGUUGAAGUGCGAAAGAUGGCGGCUGAUUUGGGUCUCUACACUGCUUCAAAGCCUGACUCUCAGGGCCUUUGCUUUGUGUCGCCAGAUCAUACAAAAUUCCGUCAUUUCUUGGAUGAAUUUAUACCCCCAAAGCCAGGCAACAUCAUAACAGAAGAUGGCAAAAUCUGGGGUAAGCAUCUGGGUAUUUGGCAUGCUACAAUUGGACAACGACUGGGGAUCUCAAUGCCUCAGGGCGAUCCCAAAUACAGCGGUGUUUGGUUUGUGAGUGAAAAAAGAAGAGAUACCAACGAAAUCGUCAUAGUCAAAGGUGGCGCCAACGAAAAUUUAUUUUCAAACAAACUAAAAACUUCUGGGUGGGUGUGGCUUCAAGGGAAGGUGCCAGAUGAUCUACAAAAUAUCAGCUUCCAAUAUAGAUCGCUUCAAGAUCCCAUUCCUAUCGAGGAAUUGACAGUUGAAGGUGACGAGAUCACAAUCACCGCCAAGACCAAGCAACGUGCGAUGGCACCGGGUCAAAGCAUUGUUGUAUACCAAGGAAAUCGUGUCUUGGGUAGUGGUGUGCUCUCUCAAACCUACAAAUAA